AAAGUCUGUGCGGUGCCCAGAGCGGCCACACACACAAUAUCACUGGACCUGGGACAAAAGUAAAUAUUUUACAUGGUAGGCUGCACUGGGGGGGGAGGAGUGUGGACACAAAUGGAAUAUUUGCUUUUCCUACCAUUGGUGGGUAGGCAGCUUUUGUGGAGCUGUGCAAAUUCCUCAGACUUUUGCAUUGUGACCUCACUUUGAACAUAUUUUCUCUUAAUCACCAGCAAUUAAUGAGUGCUGCCCACAAGUGACAUAUUUAUUACAGUAUUUCUCAUGCUCCUAUGGGAAUGGAGGACGGUCAAGGCUGAAGAUAACAUCAACAAGAGAUCUUUGAUGUUCAUCAGUGGAUAUUCCUUAAUGGCUGGAGCUGCAGAGAGACUUGUAUUUGGUUAUGAUAGUUAUGGAAAUGUGUGUGGGAGAAGAAACUCUCCCAUUCCUAACGCUCCUUUUUCUGGAAAAGAUAUGACUAACAGAAAACAUGUUUUCUUUUUGAAUUCAUGCAACCUGAAAUUCAAAAACCUGAAGAUCAAUUCCACUGCACUGUGUGUAAGAAGUUGCCCCCAGGAAAAGCUGACAACGUUGCAGGACCUGCAGCACUUUGCUAAGAAUAAUGGCUCUCACCUAUGUGUAUAUAAACUGAACUACACAGAAUACACAAACCAUCCCAUGGCUUCAGAAUGGUGUCCUGUACUGCCAGUAUCACCAAGCAAGUCUUUCCCACUUUUCAACCGUUGCGUCCCUCAGAACCCUGACUGCUACAAUCACUUUGCCUCGGUUCUCAUCGAUGUGGUUAAUGAGGUGGACUUGUUUCAUCGUGUCCUUAGUGGGAUUAUGGCUGGAAGAGAUAAUGUCAUAGGGUUGAGCAUCCUUGCAGUAGCUUUAUCCGUAGUGAUGGUCGUAUCAUUUCGGUAUAUCAGCACUCUCAUGGUCCACAUCUUUGUAACUUUGCUUAUGUUUGGGCUACUAUUUGUCUCUGGAGUGCUGUGGUGGCUGUAUUCUGAUCAUAUUAAUGGUAUUAGUUAUCAGCUGGAGACUGAGAAGGAAAAUGCAAAGUUUCUACUUGGAUUCUCUAUAGUAUCUACAUUGGCAUCUAUCAUCCUGAUGAUCCUAAUUUUUGUAAUGAGAACAAGGAUCCAGAUGACCAUUCAGCUCUUCAAAGUUGCAAGCAGAUUUAUCAGCCAGAUCCCAUUCCUGCUGGUGCAGCCUCUCUGGACUUUUCUGAUUCUCCUCUUUUACUGGAUACUAUGGGUGGCUGUGCUGCUUAGUAUGGGCACUUCAGGCAGUGCCCAGGUAUCGUCAGAUGGGCAAGUGGAAUUUAAACCUCUGGCUGGAAUUCGAUAUAUGUGGUGGUAUCACUUAUUUGGUCUUAUAUGGACCAGUGAAUUCUUCCUUACAUGUCAGCAUAUUGUCAUUUCUGGAGCGACUGUUUCACGAUUCUUACAUCGAGAUAAAACAAAAGUCAAGCACCCUAUCUUGCCUUCCUUGUCUGUUCUGUUCUGGUACCAUCUUGGAACAGCGAUUAUGGGUUCCUUCUUGCUGGCCCUUUUGAAAAUCCCAAGAAUUAUUGUAAUGUAUUUGUCUCAGCUACUAUAUAAAAAGGAUAAUGCAUGCACCAGGUGUACAUCAAAGUGCUGUUUUGGCUGCUUUUGGAUCUACGAAAAAUGGCUGAAGUGCUUGAAUCAGAAUGCGUACACAGCGACCGUAAUUAAUGGAACCCCAUUCUGUACCUCUGCCAAGGAAGCCUACAGUCUUAUGGCGAAAACUCCCUCCUGCGUCUCAUCGCUGAAAUGCUCUGCGGUAUUCCUUGUUUUACUAGGAAAGGUCUUUGUUGUGUGUUUCACAGUAUUCGGAGGACUAAUGGCUUUUAAUUACCAUCGAGAACUGCAUGUUUGGGUCAUCCCACUGCUGUUAGUUGCUUUCUUUGCUUACCUAGUUGCCCACAGUUUCUUAUCCCUGUUUGAAAGUGUUGUACAAAGUCUGCUCCUGUGUUACGCAAUAGACAUUGAGACCAAUGAUGGUUCACCUGAAAACCCCUACUUCAUGGAUCAGGAGUUGACGACAUUAAUACACCAAAGUAACAGUGACCCAGAGGCGAUAAAGAACAGGCCACUGCAGAACGGAGAGGAUGGAACUGAGCUGCGACCAAUAGCAAGAGCGGACUGAGUGCCUGACAUGUUCUCUAAAUAAAGACAUAUGGUGGAUGACAAACCCCUCUUACCUUGCCGGUACAUUACCUAAACCAGUCGAUUCUUCUGGCAUUUGGGAGAGGCCUAGCCACAAAAAAACGCCUGUGGAUCCUUGAGCCCAAAGGACUGUGUCCAGUGUCAUUUCAUCCAGAAUUCUACAGUGCCUUUUACACUCUACACUAAACUAGGGUGUACUGUUUAUUAAAUUGCAAUAUACACUAUAAAAAAAAAAGCUUUUUGCACUUGCCAUCUUUAUAUUGCUGUUCAUCAUUUUCUUUAAGAUAUACUCAUAUUUUUAAAUAUUACUAUUUGAAAUGUUUGCAGAGCCUGUGUUUUAUGUGCUUUUCACAUUAUGUAACACAGUGAGAAUCAUUAUAUUUUUAUAAAAGAUGUAUGAUAUUAAAUGUUGGACCAGUAUAUAUUUUUUUAAUUUUUGUGUUUUUUCAAGGAGCGCAUCCUACAAGUAUGUGCUGGGAGACCACAGGUACACUUUACAAUAAAUGGUUAUUCCCAAUCGCAGUGUAAAGAAAGA